ACGAGGCGUACAGGUCCGCGCCGGGUUGCACAGGCAGGCUGGGCGGGGUGGGCGCCGACGCCCCUCAGCGGCCGGCCCUCCGGGCGACUCCGCACCCAGCCCCGCAGGAAGCGCGCGCUGAUUGACAGCUGCGCUGUCCCCAAAAGGCUCCGCGAAGAUGCUGAUCGGGUGGGUGUAGACGCGCAGCCCGCGCGCCCUGUGCCCGCUCCCCUCCGCGUGCCUCCCAAGCCCCGCCGCCUCCCGGCAGCCGAGGAGCGGGCCGAGGUCCCCGCCGGCGCGCCAGCCCCGCGGCCCCGGCCGGCGGGCGCUCGCCGGAGCUCACCAUGCAUUGCCACGCGGAGCUGAGGCUGAGCUCGCCCGGCCAGCUCAAAGCAGCCAGGAGGCGCUACAAGACUUUCAUGAUUGACGAGAUCCUCUCCAAAGAGACCUGCGAUUACUUUGAGAAACUUUCCCUCUACUCCGUGUGCCCGUCGCUGGUCGUGCGACCCAAGCCUCUGCAUUCCUGUACUGGCCCUGCUUCCCUUCGGGCCUACCCUCUCCUCUCGGUGAUCACUCGACAGCCCGCAGUCAUCUCCCACUUGGUCCCUGCCGCCCCGGGAGUCGCCCAGUCUCUGUCCCGCCACCCAGCCACUGAGGCCGCCUGCACCGAAGCCCCAGGUGAGAACCACGGCAGCAGCGAGUCGGAGACGGAGCAGCCCGCGCCCCGGCAGAAGAAGCCCCGCCGGAGCCGCACCAUCUUCACUGAGCUGCAGCUCAUGGGCCUGGAGAAGAAGUUCCAGAAGCAGAAGUACUUGUCUACCCCCGACAGGUUGGACUUGGCCCAGUCUCUGGGACUCACUCAACUGCAGGUGAAGACUUGGUAUCAGAACCGCAGGAUGAAAUGGAAGAAAAUGGUUCUUAAAGGUGGACAGGAAGCCCCCACAAAACCCAAAGGUCGUCCCAAGAAGAACUCCAUCCCCACGUCAGAAGAGAUUGAGGCUGAAGAGAAGCUGAACAGCCAGGCCCAGAGCCAGGAGGGCCAGGAGCCCUCCCAGGCCCAGGAGGGGCUCUGUGACACACAGGAGCCAAAAGCACGCGGUGUCGCCGUAGAGGGGGACCGGUCCCCAGGCCAGCCCCAGGCAUUGCCAGUAGCCUCUUCAGAACCCCCGCCAUCAAGCUAAAAGAAAACUCUCUGGGGGGGAAGGGGGAGACUGGGAAGAAGGGAAGGAGAGAAGGCAGGGAGAACCGGGAGAGGAAAGCUUCCCGAGCUGGCGACCCAGGGAGAAGACCGCUGCCAGCUCCCCGCUCCCAUCCACUGAGCAUCUGAGGAAGUCUUGCUCACCUCUGCCUGCUCUUCCUGAAAGGCUGCUUUAGCCACAGAUACCCUUGACUAAGGGACACAGUGCCUUGGAACUGCCGGCCCCAGCUGGGUGGUGCCGCGGGGCUGUCCCAGGUCCCAGCGCCUGGCGCUGGGAGAAUGUCCCGCUCUCCCGCCAGCCUCUGAGCAGCCAGUCAUCAAAGCAGAGAGAGAUGGAGGAGUGGGCGGCAGCCCAGGCGCCUUGCUGACUCAGCACUUACUUCUGUAGUUUUAAGAGAGAAUUUAAUGUUUGUGGUGGUUGUUUUUUGGGGGGGAGGGGUUGGUGAGGGCUGGGCCAAUAAGAGUUGGGGGAAGGGAGUUCUGAGUUAAUAGAAUAAAGUUUGUUUGUUUGAAGACACGAGUGCCUUUGUACCCAUUAUAAGAGGGCCAGGCGAUCCCAGGACUGAUGAACCCUGUUUUCCCUGCUUCAUUACGUUGCCAUCCCUAAAGAUGGCUGAUGCAGAUGUGUUAAGAUGACUUUUAUUUUUUAAUUAAAAAUAAAUCUUUCAAAAGGG